AUGUACCGCGCGCACAGCAAGGACAUCAACCGGAACAAGAGCUUCCACCCCUUGACGUACCGCAACUUGCACCGCGUCGAGCAGCUCAAGGAGGAGGCCGAGCUCAACAAGCAGAAGGCAGAUGAGCGGCAGAAGGAGCUGCAGCGCGAUCAGGAAGAGCGUCGUUACGAUGAGCUGGUGCUGGCAAACUCGGCGGACUCGCUCAGCGGCGAACUGGCACGCUACCGACAGACGCGCAGCAUCUUCGCCGCCGAGUAUGAGGCAGACGCCAAAGCAGCCAAGGAUGCGCCUGUUGCGUCACCGCACUCGCCACAAGUCAGCAAGCAGGAAGUGCAGCUGAAGAUGUCCACCGGCGCGUCGUUCUCCGCAAACAGCUUCCUCAGCAAGUUUAAAAAAGAGGCCUCCUACGGGCCGACGUGUGCGAUGGUGAAACCAGAAGUACCCGACAACACUGCCGCUGCUUCUAGCGCAGUCGCCUCCGCGGAGGCAGAGGCGUCCAUGAGGAAGCGGCCACGAGAGGAUGCGCAUAGCAACAGUCCCUCUAGCGCCCACAACAGCAACGGCUGUGGCGAAGGUGCGACGAAGAGGAGAGGUGACGGUGGCGAGAGUGCGCCCGCUACUGGCUUUGUUACCAGCGCGGAAGCGGCACAGCUUCGAAAGGCGCUGAACCUCGCACAGAAGCAGCGGCACGACCCUCUCAUGCGAGUAAAGGCGUACCAGAACAGCUGCGUCGCCGCCGCCGCCGCCGCCGCCAGGCAGCUGCACCGUAAGCAAGAGACCCGCGAAGUGGCAAAGCACGACGACGAUAAAGACAAGCUGCAGAGUCGCAUCCGCGAGCUGUUGGCUCUCAAGAAGAAAAAGUAG